AUGAACGGUUCUUACAGAGAUUCAAGCACCAUGCAUUCCAGCUCUUAUGGCUACAACUACAAUGGGAUGGACCUUAGCAUCAACCGCUCAGCCUCCUCUAGUCACUUUGGGGCUGUGGGGGAGAGCUCCCGCGGUUUCCCAUCUCCAGCUCAGGAGAGCAGGUUUAGACAGACGUCUAGCUGCUCCUUAUCUUCUCCCGACUCCCUUCCCUGCUCCAACAGCGAGAGCCAUGGAGGCAAACCCACCCCGUCCCCUUCCGAACAAGCUACUUCUGCCAGCAUCACCACCACCACUACCACCACCAACACUAAUUUCACAGAACUAGACGAGACCAGCGCGUCCUCGGGAGCCGACGAGGGCACUCCACUAAGCAGCAGCAGCAGCAGCAGCAUCCCCCGAGCGCAGGCAGAGCCCAUCGCAACCUCCACCGCAGCAACAGAAGGGCAGGCACCUCAGAUAUUCCCUUGGAUGAGGAAACUUCACAUUAGCCAUG